AUGUCUCAGGGUCAGUCUCAGGGCCAGCUAGACAUGCUGCGUAGACUGCACAGCUUCCGCUAUGCACUGCGUUCCUCUGGACCUAUUGCUGGAGCUGGAGCUGGAGCUGGAGUUGUGCACGACUCGGCGCCUUCUAUCAACAUGACCACCCACACCACCACCACCACCACCACCACCACCACAUCAGAAGACAACAGCAACAACGCCACCGACACCGACACCGACACCGACGAUGAUACCGACGACGAAGACUACGAAAACUCAUCCUCAUCCUCAGAAGAAGAAGAAAAAGAAGAAGAAGAAGAAGACUCCAACCCACCAAACCCUCUCCCCACUCCGCCCACAACACCACCUCCCCCUCCACCCCCCAAUCCUAAUCCCCAACCCCACCCCCAAGCCCCUAUAAGAUGCGCCUACACCCGCACCUGCACUACCACCACCCCAGGGCACCCGCAACACUACCGCAAACUAAUCUCCCACAUCUUCGGCCGCAACAAGCACUCCACGAAACAAAUCCCCGUCACGCUCUGGUGCUGCUACUACUGCCGCAAGCACUACCAGCGUGCCCGCUACCGGGAGCGCGACACCUGGGCGCUGACGCAGUGCUUCUGGGUGGGGCAGAUGCUGCUGCGGCUGCGCAGCUUGCCGGAUCUUGUGGGGUUUCGGGUGCAGCUUCGACUCCGCCAGCAGCAGCAGCAGCAUUCCAAAACGGGGGAUAAGCCGGUGGUGCCGGGGUGGUUGGUUGAGAGGAUUGUAUCCAGAAACAACGAAGUGUGGUCGUUCGAGGAGACGCAGGAGCUGGUGGGCAGGAAGAUUCGGGGGUGGUUGUUGGAGUUAAGGGCCAGGACUGUGGCGGCGGGGGAGUUUCCGGAUGUUGAGAUUUUGCCGGUUUGGAGGUGA